CCACAUUGCACUUGGCUGGAAAGAGCGUCGAUCGAGCCAACGCUGCGGCAGAGGCCGAGAGGAUGUCAACGCCACGUAGAGAGACACUGCAAGACUGUAGCGCUAUGACUUGGUACGCAGCCUCGUCGCGUUCUUUAGUUGCGCGUUGUCGCCUUGUCGUGGUGGUAGACGAAUGCAGUAGCGCGCAACAAGGCAAACACCUUCGUGUACUGCACGCGCUGCCGGCUGUAGCGCAGUGAGGCAGCCUGCUGCAUUUGUCGUGGAUGCCGCGACCCGAGGUCCAGUACGACAUGGACGCGGUGCGCUGGCGACAUAGCCGCGCCAUGCACUCGGCAGCGACCACCAGCGCUGUUGAUAGGCCAUUGUCGAAUUGUGCGACCGUGACCAAGCAGCAGGUAGCAACACACCGUCAUCAUUCACUCGGAGCUGGUGCGAUGUUGGUUUUUGGCGCCAACAUCGGGUGGCGGCGGCUGGCUUCGGACGUCUUCGAGUGUGUUACGGCAGAGUGAUGGUACCACAUUUUUCAACGCGCAUCAUCACGCUACAUGGGCGACGACAUGGCCGAGGUGCUCGCUCUUCUGCAAGACGAUGCGGCGACGAUCGAAACGAUGGCGGCCUUCCUCUCGCGCACGACCGACUUUGCGUCGCCCGAGGUCUCGUCGGACGACAGCGCGACGCGCGAGACGCGCCAAAUGAAGCGCCGCUUGGCCGGCAACCCAAAGGAAGAGAUCGAGUACCUCCAGUCCAAACACCGGUACCUCACGCGACAGCUACACACGCUCCAAGAGCGACAGGCGCUGGUGCCGACCGACGAUCCGUGGAAAGGCCGGGCGUUGGAACAAGCCCGUGCGGCGCAGCGGUCGCGCCAAGAGAACCUGCGACUCAAGGCCAUGCUCGAAGAUCAGCUCAAGGUGCUCGAGGCGCUCCAGCGUGUCAUUGCCAAGAAGCCUCGGCUGUCGACGUUCCCAACCAUGGCUGAUGCACAGUGGAAGCACGGCGUCCUCGACGUACUCGAUCGCGAAGCCAGCCUGGAGGCCCUCAUGCAGCACCAGCUCGAGAAGCUCGAGACCGCGUGGAUCCGGCACGGCUUGUUUGACGCUGUCGAGGCCAACGAAGCUGUCUUGCGCUCGCACGUCGAAACGAAAGGCCAGGAAAAUAUGACCUUGCACUUUGUCCAUUGCACGCACAUUCCUCUGGACUACAUUGCGAUGGCCAACUUGACGUGGGAGCACAUGACGACCAAGUUGCGCUCGAAACGCAGCGAGGUCCUUGAGGUCUACCAUCCCGACCUUAUUUACGUCAAACACUUUGGCGACCUCCCGGACCCGACAAUGCCGACUCUCGAGGCCCGUGUGGUCUACCGUCGAUGGAUGCAAUCGGACCGCGUCAUUAUCGCAUGGCACACGAUCCUGGACGACAAGCUGCUGCCGCACAGCCGCGGCAAUCUGGUCGAGAACCGUUUCGGGUGGUCGGUCACGCACCGCAAGUCGCCCGACGAGAGCAUGUUGGCUGUCUACGGCACCAUGACGACGCCAAGUAUGCAUAUCGACGACGAGUCGGCGCAGCCCGCGGUCGGCACGCUCACAGAGCUCCUCUUGCAAAUGUCAAAAGAAAACGGCGAAAAAUUUGGAUCGCGCAUCCGCGAUGCCAUUAUCGCGUACAAGUCGACACAAAACGCGCUGACAGAACAUUAAUACAUGUAUCGACCUCAAACAGCA